AUGUCUGAAGCUAUAGACGGCAGUAUGGGCCUUGACCAAGAUGCCCGACGUUUCGCCUUCCCUCAUCCAGAUCACGGCGUUGAAGGGCAUCAGGCCAGUAUCUAUGCUAUCGACCUCAAGCCUCCUUACCUUCUGUCUGGAUCCGCAGACAGAACCAUCAAGAUCUGGGAUGUCCAGACCCAGCGCAUUAUACGAGGGCCACUGAUAGGACAUGAAGGCAGCAGUACGGAUGCAUCUAUCAUCAUCUGGCGCUUCUCGACCGGCGAGCUUGUCGAACGUAUUGUCAAAUCGCAUGAAGAGACUGUUCUGGACUUGUGCUUCGACGACAAGUACCUCGUGACUGGAAGCAAAAACAAGUCGGUCAAGAUCUGGAGUAGGCCGAGCACAUUUGAAGCAGAGCUGGUCGGAACCCUAGAUCUCCAUGGAGCUGCUGUCAACGUAGUGCUGACGCAGAAACAAACCGAUGGUUCACGAAUUCUCUUUACAGGAAGUGGCGAUCACACGAUCAGUAUGUGGUCACUGCGACACUCGGGAUCUGAGCUCGAGACGAACCACGUUCGUAACUUCACGACGCAUAGGACGGGCAUAGCAGCUAUGGAUGUUUUUGGCGAUCAGCUUAUCUCGGGUUCUUCUGACAACGCGGUCAAAAUUCACGAUAUCCAUGCGGGCACAACGAUUGCGAGCCUCGAAGGCCACACCAAUCUUAUAAGAACUGUCCAAGUCAUUGCAGGUGCGAACGGCCUGUCUACCGUGGUCAGUGGAUCCUAUGAUGGGACCAUCAGGUUUUGGAGGAGAUCUAAACAUGAGACGGAUGCUGGUAGUCUUCCGCAGCAGUGGUCGGAAGUGGAUAGACUCGAAUACGACGGCGCAAACAACCCUGAAUCCACAGAUGCCGAGCUCGCCAAACGCUUUGGUGAGGGCAAGAGAAUAUUCGACUUACGAGUGAGCAGUCACGGUGGCCACACAAAGUGA